UUGCUCUGUAAGGUACGUAGCGGGGCCCGCGUACCCAACCACCCGCAACCACCAUCCCGACCGCGGGGUCCUAUCGAUAACCAGUCACCCAGCUCCAUCACCACGCAACGUCAUCCAGGCAACGACACCACGAACCCACCGAAAACCAACACUACCACAACUUCUCCCACGACCAACCCAUAGCUCGUGGCGACACAAAAAAGAACAAGACACUUCUCCUCUCAAUACGAAAGCAAAAACAAACGACCCCCUAACCAUGAACCGCCUUUUCGGCGCAGCGCCCAAGGGCCCAAAACCAACCCUAAACAGCGCAAUCACAAAUAUCGACGACCGCAUCUCCUCAAUCGACGUGAAACUCUCCGCCCUCACCGCAGAACUAAACACCUACCAACAAAAACUCUCCAAAAUGCGCGACGGCCCAGGGAAAAACGCAAUCAAGCAAAAGGCGCUCAAAGUCCUCCAGCGUCGCAAAAUGUACGAGUCCCAACGCGACCAGCUCCAGUCCCAGGUCUGGAACAUGGAACAGGCGCAGACGAUGCAGGAUAAUCUCAAAAACACAAUGGCCACCGUCGACGCGCUCAAGACGACCAAUAAAGAACUCAAGAAGCAGUACGGGAAAGUGGAUAUUGACAAGAUUGAGAGGUUGCAGGAUGAGAUGGCGGAUUUGAUGGAUAUUGGAAAUGAUAUCCAGGAGAGUCUGGCAAGGUCGUAUGAUGUGCCCGAGGACGUUGACGAGGCGGAGCUGGAUGCCGAGUUGGAGGCGUUGGGGAUGGAGGCCGAGUUGGAGCCUGAGAUGGGUGCCAUGCCGAGUUUCUUGCAGGAGGAGUUGCCCGAGUUUGUGGACGAGGAGCCGGCCAAGGAGGGUGCCAAGCUCAAGGAGGCUGCUGGCUAAUGUGCUUGUAGUCACCUGGGAGCUUCGUGUGGGAAAGGAGACAGGGAAUAGAUAGGAGAGAGCGAUGGCUGACUCUUGAAGAGUUUCGUUCUCGGCGUAAUGGCAUACCUCAUAUCCACUUCUUUACAAGCACCAGUUACAGACCGAUG